AUGCCUGAUAUGGGCCACAUCGUUGCUACGAUGUACCAGAUUCUGUUCGUGACCUUGUCAGCUAAGGGGUGCUCCACAUACCUUCCUCUCACCGGUCUAGUGCCACAUCCGUCUGAGCACCAGAUUGUAUGUUUUCCCCUUGUCAACAACAACCAUUGGGUGAAGGCGCAUAUGUCAAGUAACUUUCCUUUGCCGGUGAUCAAUCCACAAUGGCGCUAUCAUUGUACCGUUGAAGCUUGUGGUUGGGAACGACCAUACCUUGAUCGCAUGACCAGAUUUGUGGAGAACAUACCGCAGAGCGAUGAAGUCGUAGAUCUCGCUGAUGACUAA